CGAAGCUUGCCGGAGAUGGCCGAGUUGUUACGAUUGCAUAUGCGACAACCAAGCCAUUCGGCAUAGCCGAAACUAGACGAACAACAACAACACGCCAUCAAUGAGCCACCAACAUCAUAAAGCAUGGCUGCACUGACCCCUGAAGUCACUGAUCUUAACUUUAUAAGGAUUAUAAGCUUGUUCUCAGAAAUCGGAAAAGACUGUUUGUUAAAGGCUUUCUAUUCUUUUGUACAGAAGGGAAAUGUCCAGUCUUACUUCCAGUCAGAUAAAAUCCAAAAUAGAAUUGAUGACUUGUUGAAAAGCGGAAUUCUUGUUGGUGACCAAUAUGACAAACUCAAAGAUGAAAAUAUCAAGCCACAUGAAUUUGAUUUGGCCAUGUUAUUUGUACUUUUGAGAUAUGUGAUAGAAGAAGUUCCAGCACCAGUUAAAGGUUGGAACAUUUUGCCAUCUGUUGGGGAUAACAGUCUUGGGGCAUGCCUUCUUAAAGUUCAGAGAAUUCGGAACGAGGUUGUUCACAACCUAAAUGUAAAAUUAGGCAUCGAAGAAUUGGAAGAGAAAUGGGACGAUUUGGCUCACUAUUUAAGAGUUAUCAUAGAAAGCGUUUGUGGUAGAGAGGAUUCAAAGAAAGUUAGCAAAAGAAUACGGGAACUUAAGAAUACAUCGAAAGAAGAUUUGAGUCGGAAUUUGACACAAAAUGUUGACCAGGUGUUUUUAUGGAGUGCAUCAGAUUUCUCAAGACUUCAAAGUAAACUUGCAGAGGGACAAAUUAGGUCAAACAGCGAGACACAACAGUCACAGAAGGAUGGGUUGGAUGAGCCUGAUGCUAAGAGAAUCGAUCCAGUCGGGUUGCAAAGUGAGGUCGAAAACAUUGCGAAAGAAUUCCAGGCUAUAUCAGUAGAUGAACUUUCAACUCAGACCAAUAAUUUACCAUCAACAUCUACCGACAGUAGCCACGUUGUCCAGAAAUUAAAUGACAUGACUCGCAAGGUGAAUGACAUCUACACAUGGGUUCAGGAGAUGAUGUUAAGGCUUCAUGCUCAAGCUCCCCAACCAGUGCCUAUGUCCAGACAAUGUGAAGGUGAUUUCCAAGGAAACAGAGAGUUCAAGAGGCCAAGGCCAUUAAACCGAAAUGCAAUGACUGAUAAGGAUAUUAAGACAUUUAGUCAAAAGAUAGGUAGAGAUUUUCACCAAUUGGCUUUAUUCCUGAACUUUGAACAGACACAGUUUGAUAUGCUUGUGAGAUCAUUUCAGGGUAUGUCUGAACAAACAUUUCGCCUGGUGAAGGCGUGGCAUGAUGUUGUUGUUGACUGUGAUGAAAACCCAAAGGAGCUGUUGGCUUCAACGUUAUAUGAAAUUGGAAACAGAUACUUGGCUGUGGAAUACUUUGGCGAACAAUUUGCCAAUGAGUCUCAAGGAAAAGAACCAAAACCAGAAACAGCAAAAAGAAUACAGGAGAUAAACUUUGGUGCUGAGGCGCAAAGAAAUGCGGCUCAAAAUGUACAUAUUUAUAACAUUGGGGCCUCAAACUCACUUAACAUGUUUGAUGGAGAAAUGACAAUUGGUGGGGCUAUCACUAUUGGUUCGGAUUUUAGAGAUAACAGCCUGCCGGGAUUUGGAAGCCACAGUGUAGGAACAACAAGCAGCCUUCCAAGUCUUAGCAGUGUACAAGGGAGCUCCGGUACCAUCGUUACUAAUAUGGCUCAGCCAUACUCCAUCAAUGUUAUGGGCGGGAAACUCAACACAGCACCUGGAUCUUACAUUUCCAUCCGUAACAACUUUCACUGUUGGGAUUUGAAUGAAAAAAAAGACCCUGCCCAAGACUUCACCGAUGGGGCUUUUUGUUCUUCUUUAAAUGCAGGAAACUUCAAGAGGAAGAUUGAUGAGAGUCUGACUCAGACAAUGAUGGAAAGUUACACCGCCCACAUGAAAUGCGUUGGCGCUUUAGUUGCUUAUGGAAAUAUCCAAGGAACUGUUUUUCGGGUCGGAAAACAAUCGCUUAUGACUGCCUGGCAUGUUGUCAAUAAUAUCAUUGAUCCAGACAAAAAGGGCGUAGAAGACUUUUCAAAUUUAUCGCUAGAGAACACUUAUGUUUCAUUUACCGACUCUCCUUUGGAGCAAGGCAUUAGAUAUCAGCUGGAAAGUUAUGGUUAUCGUGACACAGAACACGACUUAGCAGUUCUGCAAAUUAGGAAUCCCGACGAUCAUUUACCACCACCAAUGUUACUGAGAAAAGAAGGCAUCGAUCCUUUGUUUUUGAAUUUUAUAUCAAUUAUUGGCUUUGGCCAUCCUGAACAGAACAGAACAAACAAGAAAAACUUUGAGUAUAAAUGUCAGCUGGUCACACCAAAUUCUAAUGAAAUGCGUUCUGCAUUAGUUUGGCUAAAGAACUAUGAACAUAUCUUUAAAAAAGACUUGUAUGUGCAAGGAAAAGACCCAAAAUAUGUUGAGCUUGGUUAUGGCAAUUACGAUGCAGAUUUUAAGAUAUUGUUCCACUGUUUUAUGGAGCAUGGAUCAUCUGGUUCCCCAAUUAUCAGAAUUUGUCCCUCGGCCUUGAACACAGCAGCAUCUGUCGAAGUAGUCGGUGUAGUCACCCAUGGAAUUCCCGCUUUCUUUUUUGAUUUGUCAACCAAUGGACGCAUACUUGUUCCGCAUAAUAAACGAUUUGAGGCUGGUUCAAGAAUGGAGCAUAUUUUCAAACAGCUUCAUAGCACAAACUACACUUUGGCCGCUGAGCUUUUCAACUUACCAGAUGUUCGGGAAUCUGACUUCCAUCCAAUAAAUCGUAGCAGGGAAACGGCAGUUUGAAAAACCACUUGCGUUACUGGUCAUGGGAACAGUUCAGCAGAAACAUAUAGUGUAGUUUUGACUGACAAGCCGUUCAACAAGUGUUAAUAUUAACAGUACAGGUUUUGACUUCAGAAACUUUAAAUACAACUAAUACUAAGAAAUGAAACACUAUUUUUGGGCCGUUGAUGAAUAUAUACUAGAGAUGCUUUCUUCUGUCAUUUAAUGAUUUGAAUAAGACUAUGAAAUAUUUAAAAGUACAUAUACAAUAAUAUUUCUCACGUGUGUUCCCUGUUUCAAACUUCUACACGUCAAAUCUUUUUUAAGACUGGUAUUAUCCAACACGGCCAGGAAAAGAAAAUGUGUUACUUUCAUAGAGAGCAGAUGGUACUUGAUUCAUCUAUUGACAUGCAGCGUGCCAACUAUUUAGAGGGUCUACAGACUAUCAAUACAAGCAAAUUGAAUCAAUUGUAUGAAUAUUUAAUUAUGUAGGUUGUGUUUAGAAACGUGUUGUAGACAAUCAUUUCAAAAGACUUCAGUUUUUUUUAUGAUUUUUAUUUUAAAAAAAUACACGUAUCUUUGACAUUAUGCAAUAAAAUACUAUAAUCAUU